AUGGAUGAUCCGCUCUUUCGGAGACAGAGGAGUAAUGUUGUCAUAAGGAAUAUUCAUGAGGACUAUGACGCUGGAUGUAAUGGAUAUGCAAUGGACUAUCGGAUAGCGGAGCAGCAGCGGCUUUUUCGGGCUUCUUUGGGCUUCUUACCUCAUAAAGCGAUAUACUUACCUGGCGAGGAAUUUCAAGCAACACAUCCCACUCGUCAGCUUUCAUCACAACUAACACUGGAAACUUCCAUAGAUUUUAGAUGUUCUAUUACAACCUUUAUGCCCAUGUACAUAUCUAAUUUUACCGUUUUGUCUCCCAUGAUGGUCGGUUUCAAAAAUGAGCUUUCCUCAUUGGGAACUAUUGUCAACGAUGCUGCCAAAGCAUGUCUAACAAUUUAUCUCACCAAAGGUUCAUCUGAAAUGUAUACAAAGCUUCCAAACUCUGGCCGAAAUACAGUUGUUAUGAAUUUUGGAGACCCAUUUAUCACAAGAAACUCUGCCAUAGUAGUGCAUCGGUUUGACAAGCUCAUUCCUAGUCACGCAAUAUCUGAUACAUUCAAUCGUAGGUUAAUGGAUUAUAAUGUGUUUUUAAAUGUGCCUCAGUAUAGUGCUUUUGCAUGGAAGGAUAUGCCUAGCUGCCCUACUCUAGAAAGCUGUUCAAUGUAUACUUCCGUUAAUAUGAGGAUAGACCCUCUCAAAAAAAUACUUUGUCAAAAUUGA